GUAAGAACCUCAUCUAGAUACAAUGUAGUCUAAAUGUACACAUGGGAACGGGAUCCACUUUUUCCUCUAAUGCUCCAACAACAUAAAAGUCCCUGGUUCUGCUUUUGCUUAAAAAUGUAAAUAAUUAAAGAUAGAAAAACUGGCAAGUUUGAGAUAGAGGUAUUAUUCAUCAAAAAAAUGUUUGGAAGAAAGAAUUCACCGCUGAGAUUGCUCCCAUGGAAGACAAGGAUUGCGUUUACAGUUUAUUCCACUAUCAGAGGUUCAGCCUUUCGUAACGACGGCACCAUCAACCGUAGACUCCUCAAUUUUAUUAACAUCACCGCCAAAGUUCCCUCGGAACCAAUUGAUGGACUCAAAAUAUCAGAUAUCACUGUAGAUCCAAAACGUAACCUCUGGUUUCGUCUCUACACACCAGCAAACAUUACUACUCUACUUCCGGUUGUUGUUUACUUCCACGGCGGUGGAUUUGCAUAUAUGUCUGCUGAUUCAAAACCUUUCGACACACUAUGCCGUCGUUUGUCCCGUGAGAAUUCAGCUGUUGUUGUCUCGGUAAAUUACCGGUACUCACCGGAAUUCAAGUAUCCUUCACAGUAUGAAGACGGAUUUGAUGCUUUGAAAUUCAUCGAUAAGAAACAAUUCAAAGGGUUUCCAGAUAAUGCUGAUCUAUCCCGUUGUUUUAUCGCCGGAGACAGUGCUGGAGGUAAUUUAUCACACCAUUUGGCUGUUCGUGUUGCAAAAACCGAUGACGACGAGUUCAAACAGGUUAAAGUGAUUGGAUUAAUUGGGAUCCAACCUUGGUUUGGUGGACAAGAAAGGACUGAAUCUGAAAUCAAGUUAGAGAAUGGUCCAGCGCUUAGUCUUGAUCGAACAGAUUGGUUAUGGAAAGCUUUUCUGCCGCAAGGGUCUAACCGGGAUCACUUCGCUUCUAACGUUUUUGGUCCAAAUUGUUCCGAAGACAUUUCGAAGUUAAAGAAAUUUCCACCAACUUUGGUUGUUGUUGGCAAAUGGGAUUUGUUGCAAGAUUGGCAAAGAAGGUAUUAUGAAGGAUUGAAAAGAUUUGGUAAAGAGGCUUAUAUUGUUGAGUUUCCAAAUGCAUUUCAUGGUUUUUAUAGUCUCACUGAAUUCCCUGAAACUCCUCUUCUUUUCAAGGAAGUUAAGAAGUUUGUUCAAAAUCAAUUAGCAAAAGCCAGUGGGAAAUAAGAGACUAAAUGUUGAUAAUUGCUGUAGCUAUAAGGUCUGGUAUGUAUCCGAGAUUUGGGUCCUGUCACCUGUGUGUAAACUGAAAUAAAAUUGUACACAAAGAUCCAAUUUCAAUAUAUGAAAUGCAAGUAAA